UCAAACAGCCAAAACCCUAACAAGAAAUCAGGGAAAAAUUAUGAUUGCAAAGUUCGGUUCAUUGUGGAGGGAAAAACAGAAAAGUGGAAGAAAUCGAAACUAAAAACUCUCUCGAGGCAUUUGCAGAUUAUUCAUGGAAAGCGGCGGCAAAGGGAGAGAGGAAGAGCAAGACGGCAUUUCUGUACAUUCUCCAUGUAAAGCUCCACCGUCCUCCGCUUCCUCUCUUCCCAAGGAGCAACCACAGAUUGAAUUGGAACUCAAACUCUUGCAAGCUCUUGAGAUUUAUCCGUUAGUCAAGUUACAAGGCAUACAUCGCCACUUUGUCCUCUUCGGGUUGAUGGAAUUUCUGCGAAGAAGCUUUGAUCGUCCGUUCUCUUCUGAUGAGGUUUUACAGUUGUUGGAUCGGUUCUAUAACCUGGAAAUGCUGAAGCCAGACGAUGAGGAAAUGGAAAUUCUGAAUCAAGAGGAAGAUUUUUGCUUACCUCAAACCUUCUUCGUCAAAGAAGAGUCUUAAGGCAAAUUGUUCAUAUGGAUUAGUACCUUAGCACUGCCUGGCAUACGAUAGUUUUUAUUUUCUAGGGUCGUUCUGUUUUCGUCUUGUAAAUGUCAAUAUAGAAUCUUUUGCUGGUUAGUAUAACCAAAGUUUCCCUUUACGAGUAUGAAUUCUUUAGUGUCUAUACAUGAGACGAUCAUACUCAAUUGAGCUAUAAGCAACAUUUGUAUUUGUGCUGAUGCUACAUGAAUCCCUCUCUGGCAUUGGAUAGAUUUAUCAAUGCGUAACA